CCGGAUCCGCAAGAUCACCCCCCUCGCCUUCCCGGGAUCACCCCCCCCCUCGCCUUCCCGGGAUCACCCCCCUCGCCUUCCCGGGAUCACUCCCCUCGCCUUCCCGGGAUCACUCCCCUCUCCCCAGCAUCCUGACCCGUGUCCGGAAUCCACAGGAUCGCUCUCCCUCUCCACGGGGUGUAGACGCGGGUCCGUGAUCCGCCCGAUCAGCACGCCCUCUCCCCACCUCACCUCCCCGGGACCCCAUCCCGAGUCUGGUUCGUCACUCUCAUCCUUAAUCUGGCCGCGGAAAUGGCUGGAGAGGAGCAACAGGGACCCAGCUCACAGAAACUCCUCCCCCUGCUGCUGCUGCUGCUAAAUGUUGUUGCUGCUGUUUCAGGUGACUCGCCUGUCCCAGUUUCUGGGUUCCUUGGGGAGCAGGUUGUGCUGCCCUGUACCUACAAAGGGAAUGUCCCAGUCUCUGAUUUACUGGUUAUCUGGGGAACACUCAAAUAUGAAUUUUUACACAAGUUUGUCAAUGGGAGUGAUGACUUAAGGGAACAAGACCCACGAUUCAGAAGCAGAACAAACCUGUUUAAAGAUCAACUGGAACAAGGCAACUGGUCAGUUCUGAUCACUGACCUCCGGGAGACAGACCAGGAGGAGUAUGACUGUCAGAUUUACAGCAAGAUGGGAGAUCAACUUCACUGGGAGAAAGUUGUUCAAGUCAAUCUCUCUGUGACAGAGCGAGCUCCUACACCUGGACCGAACACACCUGUACUAGGUCCUGGACUCGCCACUGGAGCAAGAGUUGGAUUGGGAAUCGGGAUUGUUGCUGGGAUUGUUGCUAUUGUUGUAGUUGGUGGAAUUAUGGGUUACAUCAUCCUAGAGCGACAAAGAUGGAAUUGUGACCAAAAACAAUGCACCACCAAUCAAAAAUCAAGAAUACAUCCUCUGACAGGGGUUACCAUUUUGGGUGAAGCACGGAGCCUUGUCCCAACAGCACCUGAGCAUCAGGAUGGAGCGGCUGGAGAACAAAACCUUCUGGGGAACGGGGCUGUCCAGCACUGACUGAGUUUCCACUGCACUGAGCCUGGCUCAGGGAGUGGUGGGGGCAGUCAGCCCAGUACUGUGGCAAAUGACUAGGAACAUCAGUUAGUUCCUGAUGAUAUUAUUAACCUGUUCUCAGUGUGGGUGAUGCUGCCAGGACCCCACUUAUCAAUUCAAUCAUUUGUAUGUUGUGAAUCUCAUGUACAGUUCCUUUUCUGUGUACUGUGUGCCAGAGUGUGAUUCAAGGGAACCUGGUAUUGAUGUCUGUAUAUAGAAUUCUGUAAAUAUUUUAUAUUGAUACACUUGUAUUUCUGUCCUGUUAUUUGUACUUGUAUCGUACAGAGGUGUCAUCCAUGUUUAAAUGUGAUUUUUCUAUAUAAUUGCAUUUGUUGUAAAAAUUAAUUAUGGAUAUAUCUGUAUUUCUGUCCUGAUAUUUGUAACUUUUCUACCUGUAGUUUUUGCUCCAAGCUGUGAUUAAAGAGAAACUGAUGCUGAUAUCA